AUGGCGGAUGAGGAAACCCUAGACGAAAUCAACAAGCUGCCGGAGUCACUUCUGGUUCAAAUUAUCUCUCUUUUGCCGAUAAAGGAUGCUUUCAAAACAUCUCUUGUGUCAAAAAAGUGGCAACAUCUUUGGACUUGUACUGAUAAUCUCGUUUUACUCUGUAACAAGCAUUCGGAAGCUGAAGACUUUGUAUCCUUCGUAGACCAGGGGUAUUUCUGGUCCAUUGCUCGUUACAACUUCAAUGUCAAACAAUGGCUUACUUGUGUUAUAGAAAACCAAGUUGAAGAUAUUAAAUUGGAGUCAGUUUUUUCUGACAUGUACACAUUGCCUCAAAUGUUGUAUACUUGCUCAUCGUUGAGAACAUUAUCUUUGUUUGAUUGUGCUUUUGAUUUACGAGCUAUUAUAUCAUGGAAAUCUCUGAAGAAACUGAAACUUGAGCAUAUGAAGUUAUACAAUGAAGUCAUUGUAAAGUUAUUGUCAGAUAUUAAAGUGAAAGACAUUUGGCCGGAGUAUGAAGAAGGUGAUCACACUUUGGAAAUUGUUGCACCAUAUAUUCAGCAUUUGGAGAUUUCAAGCGACAUUGAUGAUUUUAAAUGUAGGCUAGUGAAUGUAUCUUCCUUGGUCACUGCUGAGAUUACCUUUGAUAUCAGAUGUGAGAGUGACAUUCAGGAUGAUUACGAGUAUGUUUUAGAGAGAAGCAGACAGGAAGACAGAGCAACCAAAGAGAACAGAGAAAUGAGUACUGGAAUGGGCCGCUAG